AUGAGUACGAUGAAUUUAAUAUCAAGCCCUGAUAAUUGUGUGAAAACCUUUAAAAGCAAGAGAUGUCAUUCAGCUCAAGGUUUAGCUGUUAGUAUGUCUAAUUCAGCUAUUAAAAUACCAAUGCCCCCUCGUCUGUGGAUUACAGACGUUGAAGAUGAGUCGUCUGACGAAAUGAGUGGUAGUGUAAGAGACGAUGGGGCUUUACCUGUGGAGAGGACGAGGGUUAGAUCUAGAUUUCGACAUCACAAGCAACGUACAGCUGUUUCAAUUCCUGUUGGAAUCUUUUGGGAUAUUGAGAACUGUCAGGUACCUAGAGGAUGUUCUGCGAUAGAUGUAGUUGCAGCUAUUCGAGCUAAGUUUCUUACUGGUAGAAGAGAGGCGGACUUUGUGGUUGUUUGUGAUGUAAGAAAGGAAUCACCAAACAGACUGCAAGAACUUAAUGAUGCUCAAGUUAGUUUAAUUCACGUAUGUGGAACUCAAAAGAAUGCAGCAGAUGAAAAACUGAGACAAUGUAUGAGGAGGUUUGGUGAAUUACAUUCAGCACCUGCAUCCUUGUUGUUAAUCUCUGGGGAUAUUAAUUUUGCAGCUGAUUUAAGUGAUUUUAGACAUAGGAAAAAUAUGGAAGUGAUAUUGGUGCAUAAACAGAAUACUUCAUCUGCCUUAAUAGCCUGUGCCUCAUCACAUUACUGUUAUAAUGAAUUGACUGCACAUCUUCCGAGGAAUCCCAAGAUAAGUCAAACUGAAGAAGAAGAGCCAACAUGUGAGAUGGAAGUAGCAAAUCUCCCACUUGACCAGCCACCGGAGAGAGUGUCUAGGAGACUUCGAAGACUGGCAGAUAACUGUGGAGGGAAAGUCCUCCGUGUGACCGCUUCCACGGCCAUGCUUCGGUUUCCUACACCUGAUCAUGCUUCUAGAGCGUUGAAACGUAUGGACGGUGAAGAUGUAUUUGGACGAAAGAUAAGCACGAGAUACGCGCGCAACGCCUUCCAACCGACGUAUUCUAGUGAUGAAGGUUACAGCACCGCGCCCGGACAACCGAGGGCGCAACCGCAAUUUGUACAACCGGGGCCGCAGCAGGUACAAGUGGUCCCGGUGGAGAGACCGCCGAGCGUUACGAACGAAUGGGCCCUGGCAUUGCAACAACUGCCCGCGCCCACUCCGCCGCCCUUAGAUUUCUGCCCACCGCCAGCGCCUAAGCCGAGGAAGAUACGGGGGACUCAUGGGUCCUCGAACCUGGACCGGUCGGGGUGCUCGUCCAGCAACAGCGGCGAGGCGGGGCACAGCCGCGCGGCGUCGCCGUGGAACUCGUCCUCGCUCAGCGAGCACAGCGAGGGCGAGCCCGACGCCGCCGAGCUCACCGUGUCCAACCUGCCGCCCUACGAGCCGCUCGUGCUGCAGGAGAUGUUAACGAAACUGUUCAAUCAGUACGUGCCAGUAGUCCGUGUGUCCAUGUGGGCGACGGGGGACGGGCCCCUCGCCACUGUGGUGCUGCGGUCGGAGUGGGACGCGCGCCUCGCCAUAGCCCGCGUCCACAAGCGGCGAUUGGACAACCAAUGGGCAAGUCGCAGGCUCGAACUGUCCCUAGGUAGGCCCUCGCCAGCACCAAACCUAGACGUCCUCAAAAUACGCCUAAGAGCUAUACUCUUAGACCAAAAGAACUAUACCCUACCAUUGCUAAGGCUACGUGAUGCGUAUGCCAGUCGACAUUGCUGUGCCCUGACUACAUCAGACAUAGCCAAAGUCAAAGAUACUGUGGUCAUACACGAGGGAUUCGGCAGGAUGGUCCAGUUGAUUGAUCAUACCCCGGUCGCUAAUACGGAGUCCGAAGAGGCCCCCUGGAAGUGUCACGUACACGCCAUGUUGAACACCGGCCAUGAAGACGGUAGUCGUAUAUUGCAGCCGGUUUAUAUGAAGAUAUCCGUUUUGGCGAAGAAUACUCAGCUGUUGUUGGAGAAUCACGGUGGAAUAUUGCCGCUUUUGAGUUUCGUAGAAUGCUACGAGGCGAUGUUCCCGCCGCUGGUGCCGGACGCCCGGCGCGGCGUGGCCCUGGAGCUGCUGCUGCGCUCCAUCCCCUCUCUGGAGGUGAGGGAGAGCCCCUCCCGGCACCUCACCUGGCGCGCCACUACCAAUAGGGUGGACUCGCCCUCACAUAGCUUUCAGAGUGAAACAUCUCGUUCGAGCGGCGAGCGGGAGCGUCCCCGCACCGCGCCCGCCCUGGAGCCUAUGCUAGCUCUGUUCGAGAGGGAACUCAUCGACCUCCUGCGCACCGCACCUCGAUGCACCAUUCCUUUCAGCAAACUUAUACCAGCAUUCCAUCAUCACUUCGGCCGUCAAUGUCGAGUGGCAGAUUAUGGAUUUACCAAAUUGCCUGACCUUCUGUCAGCUCUUGGCAAUAUAAUUGUGGUGUUAGGUUCUGGAUCUUAUCGCGUGAUAACAAUAUCAGCAGCAGCACAAGGAAAACGAUGGACUACAGAUCUCCUAAAAAUAUUGAAAGCUCAACCUGGUCGCACAAUUCUAGUUCAUGAUAUACCCGAUUUAUUUCAAUCGGUCAUCGGCCGAGCGUUCUCACCUGUAGAUUACGGGGUCUGUACUAUAGAAGAGCUGAUGGAGAAGGUGACCCCGCAGAGUGUGAUCAUAAACCCUGACGACACCAUAUCACUUCCACGACGUACUCCAACUCCCGAAGAGAGAUCCCGAACCGUCCAGUUCGCAGUGCAAGCCGUAGAAUUGCUGUGCUAUACGCCCAACUUGAGAAUGGAAUUUUCUAGAUUCGUCCCCGCCUACCACGCACACUUCGGCCGACAGCUGCGCGUCGCACACUACGGUUGCGUCAAACUCGUCGAACUGUUCGAAUUGAUACCGGAUGCCGUGACAGUGUACUGCGAGACGUCCGGGGAGCGUAGUGUGCGCUUAGCCUUACGCGCGGCUCAAGCCGUAAUGGCGCAGAGACUGAAAAGUAUCACUCCGGUGUCGAUGUCGGUGUUUUCGUCGGUAUAUGCGAGCCAAUACGGCGCGGCCCCGUCGCCGGAUGUUCUAGAGGCGUCUACACUAGAAGGCUUGGUGUAUGCGGCGGGCGGGUGUGUCGAAAGGGGAGUGGUGAGAGUCGACGGGGUGGAGAGGUGGGCGAGUGCGGCGUUGUCGGCCUGCGCGGUGCUGUCGGCCGACCGCAGCGUGGCGCGCGGCUCCACCGAGGAGUACUUCGUGUCGGCCUUCCGGGCGCUGUGCGGCGCGGAGCCGGACGUGGCGGGGCUGGCGGCGGCCGGCGUGCUGGUGGCGGGCGAGCGCCGCGUGCGCGUGACGCCGGCGUGGCGCGCGGUGUGGCGCGUCGCGCAGAUACUGUCGGAGCGCGAGGCCGAGUGUCCUCUGCCCGCGGUGGAAAUAUUCGUCGAGUACAUGAAACGAUAUGGACCCUCGUUUCCCAAUGCCGAGUUGGGUGUAGAAGCAGUAACGAAGUUCCUCCACUCGCACCGCGCGGUGUUCGCGGAGGCGGGCGGCGCGUGGCGGCUGCGCGCGGGCGCGCCGCGCCGCGACCUCGCCGCGCGCCGCGCCGUCGAGGACUACUCCGUGCACGACACUCCGCCUGGACAGAAGGGUUCACGAGUAUUCGAAUCGCCAAAAACAAAUAUUUGGUGCUCUCCGCCCGCCAGCGCUCUGCCCGCCCCGACGGCUCUUCUCAUUCAAGAAAAUAAACGUCGCACUCGUUUGGCGGCACAGUUUGAUGCGGCA